AUGCCUUCCAAACAGCCAAAUACUGGCCUCUUUGUGGGAUUGAACAAGGGGCACAUUGUGACUAAGAAGGAACUAGCUCCACGUCCCUCUGAUCGCAAAGGAAAAUCCAGUAAGAGGGUGCUCUUUGUUAGGAGUUUGAUCAGGGAAGUUGCUGGUUUUGCACCUUAUGAGAAGAGGAUCACUGAGCUUCUUAAGGUUGGAAAGGAUAAGCGUGCGUUGAAGGUAGCUAAAAGAAAGCUGGGCACACACAAGAGGGCUAAGAAGAAGCGUGAAGAGAUGUCAAGUGUUCUCCGUAAGAUGAGGGCUGCUGGAGUUGGUGAGAAGAAGAACUUUUUUGGAUGUGUUGAUUAUGACAAUUUGCUUGAUCGUUUUAGCAACGCUUCUCACUUCUUUCUCGUUGCAAAGGCACAUGGAAUGUUGUGA